GAGGCGGGGCCGGGGGCUGGCGGCCGCCGCCGGGCUCGGCGGGGCCGCGGCGGUGGCAGUGCCCGGAUGCAGCGGCGGGCGGCGGCCGGCCCGUAGCGGGGUAGCGGGGAGGAGAGCGGAGGUCCCCCGCAGGUAGCCCGGAGGGGUCCUCCCCCCCCCCCCCCCCCUCCUCCUGCGGCCGCCCCGCCGCCGGGAUGAGCAGCUCGCGGAACAACCGCGUGAUGGUGGAGGGCGUCGGCGCCCGGGUGGUGCGGGGCCCCGACUGGAAGUGGGGGAAGCAGGACGGCGGCGAGGGCCACGUGGGCACCGUGCGCAGCUUCGAGAGCCCCGAGGAGGUGGUGGUGGUGUGGGACAACGGCACCGCCGCCAACUACCGCUGCUCCGGGGCGUACGACCUCCGCAUCCUGGACAGCGCGCCCACCGGUAUCAAGCAUGAUGGGACUAUGUGUGAUACUUGUCGACAGCAACCUAUCAUUGGCAUCCGAUGGAAAUGUGCAGAAUGCACAAAUUAUGACUUGUGCACAGUUUGUUAUCAUGGGGACAAACAUCACUUGAGGCAUCGUUUUUACAGAAUUACCACACCGGGAAGUGAAAGGGUAUUGCUGGAGUCUCGCCGUAAAUCAAAGAAAAUUACAGCAAGAGGAAUCUUUGCAGGUGCCAGGGUGGUGCGAGGAGUUGACUGGCAAUGGGAAGAUCAAGACGGUGGCAAUGGCCGUAGGGGAAAGGUAACUGAAAUCCAAGAUUGGAGUGCGUCAAGUCCACAUAGUGCAGCAUACGUUCUUUGGGACAAUGGUGCUAAAAACCUUUACAGAGUUGGCUUUGAGGGCAUGUCUGACUUGAAAUGUGUCCAAGAUGCAAAAGGAGGCUCUUUCUACAGGGACCAUUGUCCUGUGUUAGGUGAGCAAAACGGUAACAGAAAUCCUGGUGGGCUGCAAAUUGGUGACCUUGUAAACAUUGACCUUGAUUUGGAAAUUGUACAGUCUUUGCAGCAUGGUCACGGAGGAUGGACUGAUGGCAUGUUUGAAACCUUAACAACAACUGGAACAGUUUGUGGCAUUGAUGAGGAUCAUGACAUUGUAGUACAAUACCCAAGUGGCAACAGGUGGACGUUUAAUCCAGCUGUUCUCACCAAAGCCAACGUUGUCCGAAGUGGAGAUGCUGCUCAAGGUGCAGAAGGAGGUACCUCUCAGUUUCAAGUGGGUGACCUUGUUCAAGUAUGCUAUGACUUGGAGCGAAUCAAGCUUCUUCAAAGAGGUCAUGGAGAGUGGGCUGAAGCAAUGCUUCCUACUUUGGGUAAAGUUGGUCGUGUCCAGCAGAUCUAUUCAGAUAGUGACUUAAAGGUGGAGGUCUGUGGGACAUCUUGGACAUAUAAUCCAGCAGCUGUCUCAAAGGUGGCAUCAGCAGGAUCCGCUAUAAGUAAUGCGUCUGGUGAGAGAUUGUCCCAGCUAUUGAAGAAGCUAUUUGAAACCCAAGAAUCUGGAGAUCUCAAUGAAGAAUUGGUUAAAGCUGCUGCCAAUGGAGAUGUUGCUAAAGUGGAAGAUCUGCUAAAGAGACCAGAUGUGGAUGUAAAUGGACAAUGUGCUGGACACACGGCCAUGCAAGCGGCUAGUCAGAAUGGCCAUGUUGACAUUUUGAAGUUGCUUCUGAAACAGAAUGUGGAUGUAGAAGCAGAGGACAAAGACGGAGACCGGGCUGUCCAUCACGCAGCCUUUGGUGACGAGGGUGCUGUGAUCGAGGUUUUGCACCGCGGCAGUGCAGAUUUGAAUGCUCGCAACAAGCGGAGGCAGACUCCACUUCAUAUUGCUGUCAACAAAGGUCACCUACAAGUUGUGAAGACUUUAUUGGACUUUGGCUGCCAUCCUAGUCUCCAGGAUUCUGAAGGUGACACUCCACUUCAUGACGCAAUAAGUAAGAAGCGGGAUGACAUCCUGGCUGUACUGUUAGAGGCUGGAGCAGAUGUUACCAUCACCAACAACAAUGGGUUUAAUGCUCUGCACCACGCCGCGCUACGAGGAAACCCUAGUGCAAUGCGUGUAUUGCUGUCCAAGUUGCCGCGACCGUGGAUUGUUGAUGAGAAAAAAGAUGAUGGUUACACUGCCUUGCAUCUGGCAGCUCUCAAUAACCACGUGGAAGUGGCUGAACUUCUGGUGCAUCAGGGCAAUGCUAACCUGGAUAUCCAGAACGUAAACCAGCAAACUGCUCUGCACCUUGCCGUUGAACGACAGCACACACAAAUUGUUAGGCUCUUAGUCCGUGCAGGUGCUAAGCUGGAUAUUCAGGAUAAAGAUGGGGAUACUCCCCUGCAUGAAGCCCUGAGGCACCACACCCUGUCACAGCUCCGCCAACUCCAAGACAUGCAAGAUGUGGGCAAGGUAGAUACUGCUUGGGAGCCAUCAAAGAACACAUUAAUAAUGGGACUUGGCACUCAGGGAGCGGAGAAGAAGAGUGCAGCAUCCAUUGCCUGCUUCCUGGCAGCCAACGGAGCUGACCUCAGCAUUCGUAAUAAGAAGGGGCAGUCUCCUCUCGAUCUCUGCCCUGAUCCUAGCCUCUGCAAAGCACUGGCUAAAUGCCACAAAGAAAAAGUCAGUGGUCAGGUUGGUUCCCGAAGUCCGUCUAUGAUCAACAAUGACUCUGAAACCUUAGAAGAAUGUAUGGUGUGUUCAGACAUGAAGAGAGACACUCUGUUUGGCCCGUGUGGACAUAUUGCCACGUGUUCUCUGUGCUCACCACGGGUGAAAAAAUGCCUCAUCUGUAAAGAGCAAGUUCAGUCUAGGACAAAGAUUGAAGAAUGUGUGGUGUGUUCAGACAAAAAGGCAGCAGUGCUUUUCCAACCUUGUGGUCAUAUGUGUGCUUGUGAGAAUUGUGCAAGCUUGAUGAAGAAAUGCGUACAAUGUCGGGCAGUGGUAGAGCGAAGAGUGCCUUUCAUAAUGUGCUGCGGAGGGAAAGGUACAGAAGAUACCACUGAUGAUAUUUCAAGUGGAAACAUUCCAGUUAUGCAGAAAGACAAAGACAACACUAAUGUCAAUGCAGAUGUACAGAAGCUGCAGCAACAGUUACAAGACAUCAAGGAACAGACCAUGUGUCCUGUCUGUUUGGACCGUCUGAAGAAUAUGAUCUUUCUCUGUGGCCAUGGAACAUGUCAGCUUUGUGGAGACCGAAUGAGUGAAUGCCCUAUAUGCCGCAAGGCAAUCGAACGAAGGAUCCUUUUGUAUUAAACAGUGGAACGAACCAGUGAGAGUUCAUGAAUAAUAAGGACAUCUUAAUGAUUUAAAUCUCUGCAAGUCUGAAAGGCAGUAAAAGGUUCUAAAGAAAACAUUUCUAAUACUGUAGCGCAGGUUCAUUACAUGGUAAUUGUUUAACGACUGUGAACACACCAAAUAAUAGAACAGUAUUUGAACAGUCAGCAUUUAACUUUACUCAUAAAACUAAGAUCUGAGCCUGAAGCUAAUUUACAGCAGUCCUUUUUUUAGUUUCCUUUCUGUUGUUUUCUUCCCCUUUAAGUGUAAAGGGACAAUCUUGUUUUGGUUUCUUUCAUGUUUUGUAAUGUAUGUAUGAGGUGUCAAGCAAUGUACUUUUUUUGUCCCCUUUUUUAAUAUAUUGUCAGUUAUUAUUGAAUAUAAAUAUGUAGUGCUUUUUGUUUUAUGCUUUUUCUGGAGAACGUUCAGAUUUCCUGUGACAGUUACGAUUCACAAGAAUUGUUAUCUUGAAAUACACAAUAAUGCAAAAUCAAUACACAGUGCAUAAACAGUAAUAAUAAACAUCGUACUAUUUCACUAAGAUCAGGCCUCAAAAUACAAUGUUAAGCUAAUUUGAACUUUAAUGUGCCCUUUCUGAGGAUGGGUUGGGAAGGAAACAGAAGAAAAGAAACAAAGUAGUUUGGAGAUGUUGCAUUCCUCAAACUGCACUUUAGUGUGACAGGUUCAAGCUAACUUAAAUAGUGAACUUCUUAAGUCUGUCUAGCCACACAGUUUCAUAUGGAAUUGAUUUUAACUUGGUUGGAUAGUAAAACAUAGGAGCAGUGGGUCAGUUAAUCUGUUUCAGAUGAGUGAAUUUGAUCAGUCGUAGGGGAACAAAUAUAUAUGUGGGGCCAUUUAAAUAUUCUGGGUCUACAAAUUAGAAGAAAACUGAGAUGAAGUUUCCAAAAGUUAAACUUUAAUGUUGUAUCUUAUGAUGUAUGAAGCAAGCUACGUAUUAUUUUCCUCUCUUAAAUUAGUUUUGUUGUCUCCAGGCAAAUGGUAUCAACAGCAAAAGCAAAGAAUUAAUAUAGCUUAUUCACCUGUGUUGGGUGUUACACCAGAACAUUAAUGACAAACAUUAAUAGGUAAUACUUCAAUUCAGGAUAUUGCUGGAAGAGGAGUUAAUUUUGAGCUAUGCCUAGGUGAGCUGAAGUCAGCUGAGGGAGUUAGCUGUCACUGAUGUGACUGAGAGGUAUUCAUGGACAUGAAAGUACUACUGUGAGGACUUCAAACUGUUAACAUUUUGAUAACAAGUACCUCCUUCUGUCUUUUUGGGUGGAAGAAAGUAUACUGAUUUAAAGGUUGCUCGCAGCUAACAGGAAUGUGGGCUUGCUCCUAAGAGAUUCAGCGGUUUAUUCUGCAGGGUUCAGUUUACGUAGCCCUUUGCCACUGUGCUGGAUUUGUUUGAAUGCAGAACAAAGAAAUACAAGCUGGAGUCAUUUAGGUGCCUUCCUUGCAGCUAAGGUGAAUUUCUUAUUUCAUUCUGAUUGCAUAUGUCAAAAAAUAUGGCAAAAGAGGUAGUUCAGGGGAAGAUUCAAGUAAGGGUAAAGGAAUACAACUGAUCUCUUUUUUAAAAAUUAAUCUCUUUUGAUGCUUAUGUUGAUAUGCCAGAACUGUGCAAACCUUAGCAAAAGUCUCAGAAGAAUGUUAUUAGUAAACUGUAAAGAUGGGUAAACUUCUAAACAGAUCUAAACACUUAACAGUGUUUUCCAGGAAAAAAAUGCAGUGAUAAAUUGGAAAAACGCAUGUCCAGUGGCUUUUAACAUAACGAUGUAAUAUACAGCUUUUCUACACGCAUCUUUAAUUCUGAUACAGAAUUGCAAAUGUGUUCAUGAUUCCUUUCAGUUAUUUUUCUUUAGACACAAUCAUCAUCUAGGAUCAAUAUAAUCUGUUUAAUUUUGUAUACUAGUAGUUAUCUGUUCUUAAAUAUAUAUCUGUCUUUUUGGCCAAACUGAAUAGCCCUUCCUUUUCUUGCUUGGGUUCCUGUUCUAAAAUAACAAGAUUUCAAGGAGCUUUGGAAAUUUUUUGAUAAAAGGCUUUUUUCACUUAAGUAUUUCACUAUCUCCACUUAGGCUCUGAUUGCACACGAGUGUUCAGUGCUGGUUUUGUUUGGACAAUGUGUAUGUCACUAAGACUGAUUAUUUUUUUUUUUGGUAGUGUUUGGCAACUGAGCUGUCUGCAAUAGGCUUCAGUUUCUGUCAGUCUUCCUCCAAAAAUGAUACAGUAAUAAGACAUGCCAUUUGUCCAUCCAUUCUGAGUUUUGUCCUGGAAUACAUUGGAUCUGUACCUCAGUUUCCUCUAGUUCUGGCAGACAAAUUCUGAAUAUUGUCUCUUAUUUACCCUUUAAGGGGACCUCUCUAUAUGGUCAGCACAAAGGCAGGGUGGAUUUCUUCUUGGUAAUGCAGCUCAAAAUUGAAACCUCAGUAGCAGCUGACAUUUUCCUAAUGCUUUCUCACUGAAACAAGUCAGAAUUACUUGAAAGUAGUUCAACUUUGCAUUAAAAAUUGGAUAAUUCACCUGAGUGAGAACUGAUCUAAAGCAUCCUGGAUGGAAAACUGGAGUUGGAUGUUAAACACUCACGGUCUGCAGGAGGCACAGAUAGUAGUAGCAUGAGUAGGUAAGUCUGUUAAGCUUGUACUUUACGACAGAGAAGCUGUAAGUUACUUUAUAACACUCUUAAUAUUUGCAUGUCAUCACAGUCAUAUGGAUAUAGGCACAGUGACUGAAGGUAUUGCUAUAGGAGCAUUUGCAGUCUUCUGUGCUGCAGUCACACCAGAUGUAUGUAACUGCAUAAAAGUUAAUAACUGGACCCAUUGGAUGGUGUUGUGUGGCAGUUGAAAUUAAAAUACCUCAAUGUUGGGGAUUUAACUCAAUGCUAUCGAGAUAUCAAGAGAAACAGCUGAAUUAGAAAAACAAGGUAAACUAACUAAACUUUGGUACUUAAGAUUGUCCCCUAAUAUUUAAUAGCAGCUUUGAAAUUAAAUCAGGUAAAAUAUCUCCACUUGUUUCCCAAGCAAAUCAAGAAGACACCUGAUAAUAAACGUUGUUCAGAUGUGAGCUAUGCACAGAAGGUUACAGCACUUUCUUUCAAUUUGGUGAAAUAUAUAAACAGUCACAUCAGUGCACAGUGAUUUAAAGUAUGGAGACGACCUAAAAGGCUAAUAGAACAUGCUAAAUAGUUGUAGCUUGUUAACUUCUGUGUGAUUAUUGCUCAUUUUUUCCAACCCAUUGUUUAUCAUUUGCUGUACCCCAGCUCCUGUUGAACUCAUUUGGCACUUUUCAGAAUUUGGGCUAUUGGUACCUGCCUUCCAUUUGUUGAAAUACUCUGUGCUUGUAUGCUAGGAUUUGGAGGAAUCCCAUUUUGCUGAAGAGUCUAUUGAAAAAUUAGGCAGGAGAAUAAACAAGUUACUUUGUAAAUAAGAAAGUUGGAUUAGGAACUAUUGCUCUUAUCUUGAAUUGAGUAAGGAUCUAGCAGAUUUGCACAAGUACUUGUGCCUUGUUAGCAUAGUCUUACAAUCAGUAUUUUAGCUUCUUCUAAAGACAUGAAAUGGUCUUUUAAAAUAAUUUAAGUCUUUAUUGUGUAGCUGUUUUCUAGAGACGAAGUUUUAUGUAUGCGUACUUAUUUCUAGCAGUAUUGCAGUGUACGUAAACACUAAAUUGUCUGAAGAAGUUGCUUGGGGCUAGUGAUCUGUCUAAGCUUCUUCUAUAAUACUGCACAUUAAGUGUCAGAAACUUAAUUUUACUCUUCCAGUAGCAGCUGAUGAACCGAAAAGCCUAUACUGUUCUUUGUGCUACAGAAGUCAGAUUCAUAUUUUCACUUAAAAUAUCACUCCAUCCUAACUUUUAGUAAGGCUACCUCCUUUCUGUCAAAGUAUUGAAUUCUUUGCUGGUUAUUCGUUGUCUUUGGGAAAGGAUGGGGAACAUUUCAGUUUUAUUUUGCUUCAUCAGUUUUGAUGUCUGAAUUCAUUGCGAAUGGUUUUUACUGACCGUGUAAAUUACGUACAACAGAGCUGUAUGAUUUGCCGCAGUGUACAUUGUAUAUUAUUCUUGCAGAAGUUGCUGGAAUCCGUACUGUUGUCUUUUUAUGCAUUUCAUAACUUGGUUGUGCUGACAAGACAAAACUUAUCACAGAAGUUUUAGUAUAAAAAAAGUUUAGAGGUUUUAUAGCUGAGCCUGUGGUUAAAAACAAAGAAAAAAAAGUUCUGACUCAGGGCUUUUUAACAACUUAAAGAAAUUCACAAUAUUCUUCAACACAUCUCGGGGAAUAUUGCGGAUCAGGUGACUGUACAGUGCCUUGAUAGAACUAAGUAAUGGGCAGCAGCCGCAGAGUCCUUACAGAAUGCAAGUAUCUUUGGAAUCCGGUGGAGGAGUUUACGUUCAUAUAACUGAAAUGCCCCUGCCAUGGAUUUAUAUACUUGUAUAUACUUUCUGUAAAGGAAAUGGGCAAAUUUAGGUUACGCUAAGCUUUCUGUGAGUUGUUUCAUUGUUGCACCAGUCCUGGGGCAGUCCUGGGGCUCUGAAGGGCAUAGCGUACAAAUAAACAGAAGCAGCAUUUGUGGGAAAGAGAGCUGACAAAAUGUUCUUUAUGGGAUGUCCGUGGUGUCAGGGGAGAGGUUGUUGUAUUAAAAAAACGUGUAAAAAUGCCUGCUUUAUUCUGGCCCAGUAAGUUUUUUAUAAGAAAGAGAAUCAGCAACAAUCUAUAUGUUUGCAUGCCAUUUCAUGUUAUCAAAAAUGUCUCAUUUUGAGCUUCUAGGAAAUACUUUUUGUCCCAAGCUUCAUGUCUUCAGGAAUGCAAAUUAUUCAUAUUACAAAACAGGUUUUACUGAACUACAGGAACAUUUUUGCUUCUGUUAAAACCGACUUUGUAUUUUCAGUAAAUUGUAGCUUUUGACAUGACUGUUUAUUGGAGAAAUUUAAGAUUGUCUGUGUGAAUGUAGUGGAUUUCUGUAUGCAGAUAGCAUUAUAAAAUUGCUUUCAUUAAAACUGCUUAGCAAGGUCUAAGCUUUUCAAGAGAAAUGCUAAUGUACUGUAUGGUUAAUAAAACUUGUUAUAUACA